AUGGCUGGGCUCAUCAAGAAACAGAUCUUGAAGCACCUUUCCAGAUUUACCAAAAAUUUAUCUCCUGACAAGAUAAAUCUUAGUACCCUUAAAGGAGAAGGUGAACUGAAGAAUUUGGAGUUGGAUGAAGAGGUGCUCCAGAACAUGUUGGAUUUGCCAACAUGGCUUGCUAUCAACAAAGUUUUUUGUAAUAAAGCGUCAAUUAGGAUACCAUGGACAAAAUUGAAAACUCAUCCCAUCUGUUUGUCCUUGGAUAAAGUAAUAAUGGAAAUGAGUACAUGUGAAGAACCACGAAACCCAAAUGGCCCAUCACCAAUUGCAACUGCUUCAGGACAAAGUGAAUACAGCUUUGCUGAAAAAGUAGUUGAAGGAAUUACUGUUUCUGUAAAUUCUAUUGUCAUUCGCAUUGGAGCAAAAGCCUUUAAUGCCUCCUUUGAACUUUCCCAGCUAAGAAUCUAUAGUGUAAAUGCAAACUGGGAACAUGGAGAUUUACGAUUUACUCGUAUUCAGGAUCCACAGAGAGGAGAGGUGUUGACCUUUAAGGAAAUAAAUUGGCAGAUGAUCCGAAUAGAGGCAGAUGCCACCCAGAGCGCACAUCUGGAAAUUAUGUGCGCCCCUGUCCGCUUAAUAACCAACCAGUCAAAGAUCAGAGUCACGCUCAAAAGAAGAUUAAAGGACUGCAAUGUCAUUGCAACAAAGUUAGUUCUAAUAUUGGAUGACUUACUAUGGGUUUUAACGGAUUCCCAGUUGAAGGCUAUGGUACAGUAUGCGAAGUCUCUUAGUGAAGCAAUAGAAAAAUCAACAGAGCAAAGGAAGAGUAUGGCUCCUGAACCUGCACAGAGCUCUGCGGUAGCCCCAUCUACCCAGCAUGUGAAGACACCACAGACUUCAAAUGCUCCUGAUCUAAAUGACGCAAUUGUGAAACUGUUCAGUGACUUUGAUGUUAAAGAAACCUCCCAUCAUUUAGUGAUUUCUCAUCUAGAUCUACAUAUAUGCGAUGAUAUUCAUGCUAAAGAAAAAGAGUCAAACAGACGUAUCACUGGAGGGGCUAUGCAACUGUCUUUUACACAGCUAACUAUAGAUUAUUAUCCUUAUCACAAAGCAGGAGAUAGUUGUAAUCAUUGGAUGUAUUUUAGUGAUGCAACCAAAACAAAAAAUGGAUGGGCCAACGAGUUAUUACAUGAAUUUGAGUGCAACGUUGAAAUGCUUAAACAGGCUGUAAAGGAUCAUAAUGUAGGUUCACCUCCUAAAUCCCCAACACAUGCCUCUCCCCAGCACACACAAACAGAGAAAGAUUCAGCUCUUAAAGGGGCCUCCAAAAAGCCUUCAGCGUUAUCUCAACAAUCCAAAGUGAAGUUAAUGUCUAGUUCUGUUGUGGUUAGACUUGCUGAUUUCAAUAUAUACCAGGUCUCUACAGCAGAACAAUGUCGAUCUUCCCCUAAAAGUAUGAUUUCUUGCAAUAAAAAAUCCCUGUAUCUUCCACAAGAAAUGUCAGCUGUCUAUAUAGAGUUCACAGAGUAUUACUAUCCAGAUGGGAAGGAUUUUCCAAUUCCAUCUCCCAACCUUUAUAGCCAGCUGAAUGCACUACAGUUUACUGUGGAUGAAAGAAGUAUUUUAUGGUUAAAUCAGUUUGUGUUGGAUUUAAAACAAAGUCUUAAUCAAUUUAUGGCUGUGUACAAGUUGAAUGACAAUUCAAAAUCUGAUGAGCAUGUUGAUAUUCGAAUCGAUGGCUUAAUGCUAAAGUUUGUCAUUCCUUCUGAAAUGAAAUCUGAAUGCCAUCAAGAUCAACCACGUGCAAUUUCUAUUCAGAGUUCUGAAAUGAUUGCUACAAAUACAAGACACUGUCCAAACUGUCGGCAUUCUGAUUUAGAAGCUUUAUUUCAAGACUUCAAAGACUGUGAUUUUUUCAGUAAAACAUAUACCAGUUUCCCCAAAUCUGGUGACAAUUUUAAUAUUCUGCAUCCAAUCUUCCAGAGACACGCUCAUGAACAGGAUACCAAACUGCAUGAAGUUUAUAAAGGCAAUGUUACCCCCAAGUUGAAUAAACACACUCUUAAAACCUCGGCUGCCACGGAUGUUUGGGCUGUGUACUUUUCUCAAUUUUGGAUAGAUUAUGAAGGGAUAAAAAGUGGAAAAGGACGACCAAUAAAUUUCGUAGAUUCCUUCCCUCUUUCCAUCUGGAUUUGUCAACCAAAAAGGUAUGCAGUGUCACAAAAAUCACUGCAGACUUGUAAUCAAACUUCUCUAAAUACAUCACAAAGUGAAUCUAGUGAUCUGACUGGCCGAUGGAAGCGAAAAAAGCUCUUGAAGGACUAUUACAGUACAGAAUCUGAUCCCUUGACCAAUGGUGGUCAGAAACCUUCUUCAGAUACAUUUUUAAGAUUUUCUUCACCAUCAUCAGAUGCAGAUAUUCAUGUCUUGGUUCACGUUCAUAAACAUGUCAGUAUGCAAAUCAAUCACUACCAGUAUUUGCUCUUGCUUUUCCUACACGAGUCACUUAUUUUGCUUUCAGAGAAUUUAAGGAAAGAUGUAGAAGCUGUGACUGGUAGUCCAGCUAGUCAGACAUCUGUUUGCAUCGGAAUUUUACUUAAAAGUGCAGAAGUGGCUCUUUUGCUACAUCCUGUGGAUCAAGCAAAUACUCUUAAGUCUCCUGUUUCUGAAAGUGUGAGCCCAAUGGUUCCGGAUUAUUUGCCUGCAGAAAAUGGAGAAUUUUUGUCUUCAAAAAGAAAACAAGUUAGUAGUGGAAUAAAUCAGAUUAGAAGUAUAACUCUUAAUCAUAUGUCAGACAACAGAUCUAUGAGUGUUGACCUUAGCCAUGGCCCUUUGAAGGAUCCUUUGCUUUUUAAAUCAGCUAGUGAUACAAAUCUGCAAAAAGAUACUUCUUUUCUGGAUUAUGUAUCAGAUAAAAAUUUAGGGAAAAUAAGCGAAGAUGAAAGUAGUGGACUUGUUUGCCAAAGUGGCUCAGGAGAAAUUGGAUCAGAAACAAAUGGCAAAAAGGAUUCAUCUUACACAGAUUCAAAUAGUAUCUUAAACUACAGAGAAGAUUCAAGUAUACUGUCAUUUGAUGAUGGUGGUAAUCAGAACAUACUUUCAAAUAGUUUAACUAGUAAAAGAAGUGAAACCAUAGAGUCAAUCUUUAAGGCUGAAGAUUUGCUUCCAGAAACAGCUUCACUGUCUGAGAAUGUGGAAGUCAGUAAAGAAGAAGCACCCACCAUCAGAACACUUAAAUCACAGUCAUCCUUAAGUGGAAAGCCUAAGGACCGUUGCCCAUCCAACUUGGCUCCACUCACUGUUUCUUGUAAGAACAUGAGAAGAAGCCCCUCACAAACCUCCCUGGACACCAUUUCACUUGACAGCAUGAUGUUGGAAGAACAGUUAUUAGAAAGUGAUGGAAGUGAUAGUCAUAUAUUUUUGGAAAAAGGUAUUAAAAAGAAUUCAACUACAAAUUACCCGAGCCCAGCAGAUCAGACAAAUGCCAGUGCAAACCUGCAGAAUUAUGGUGAAACCUCUCCAGAUGCCAUCAGUACAAAUUCAGAGGGUGUUCAAGAAAGUCAUGAUGACCUGAUGUCAGUUGUGGUAUUUAAAAUUACUGGUGUUAAUGGGGAAAUUGACAUCCGAGGUGAAGAUACGGAAAUCUGUCUUCAAGUGGACCAAGUGAUACCAGAUCAGUUAGGCAAUAUCAGUUUACGGAAUUACCUUAGUCAUCGUCCAGUAGGUUCGGAUCAUAAAGCUGUAGCUCAUUCUAAAUCCUCUCCUGAGAUUACUCUGAGAUUUGAAAGUGGGCCUGGUGCUGUAAUACACUCUUUGCUUGCAGAAAAGAAUGGAUUUCUGCAAUGCCAUAUAGAAAACUUUAGCACUGAGUUUCUUGUGUCUUCUCUUAUGAAUAUUCAACAUUUUUUGGAAGAUGAAACAGUUGCAACAGUGAUGCCAAUGAAAAUACAAGUUUCUAACACAAAAAUAAAUUUAAAAGAUGACAGUCCUCGUAGUAGUACAAUAUCCCUUGAACCAGCUCCUGUGACUGUUCAUAUUGAUCAUCUUGUGGUAGAGAGAAAUGAUGAUGGCUCUUUUCAUAUCAGAGAUUCUCAGAUGCUUAACACUAGAAAUGAUUUGAAAGAAAGUGUCAAAAGUGAUUCCAUGCUGCUCACCAGUGGAGAAUGCGAUCUGAAGAAACACCACAGGGUCACUCAAGCCACUCAGACGAACCCAGGAGCUCCUUGGCCUUCGCAGUCAGCCAGCUUUCCUGAGCGCUGCUUCGACUUUACUAGGGAACAGCUCAUGGAAGAGAAUGAAUCACUUAAACAAGAAUUGGCUAAAGCUAAAACGGCUCUUGCAGAAGCUCACUUAGAAAAAGAUGCUCUUCUCCAUCAGUUGAAUAUCAGGAGUGGCAGCCAGAAACUCAAGUUAUAG